UGCCGCACGGAGGCCGAACCCGGAAGUUCCGGGCCGAGGUUCCGGAGCCAGCGAGUCCUAGUAGAUGCGGUGUGGAAUCUGGGGACAUGGCUCUGCCCGGCCCGGCGCUCUGCCUCUUCGACGUGGACGGGACCCUGACGGCUCCGCGGCAGAAAAUUACCAAAGAAAUGGAUGACUUUCUUCAAAAAUUGAGGCAGAAGGUCAAAAUUGGAGUCGUAGGCGGCUCGGACUUUGAGAAGGUGCAGGAGCAGCUGGGAAAUGAUGUGGUCAAAAAAUACGAUUAUGUGUUUCCAGAAAAUGGCUUGGUAGCAUACAAAGAUGGGAAACUCUUGUGUAAACAGAAUAUUCAAGGUCAGCUGGGUGAGGCCCUAAUCCAAGAUUUAAUCAACUACUGUCUGAGCUACAUUGCGAAAAUUAAACUCCCAAAGAAGAGGGGGACGUUCAUUGAAUUCCGAAAUGGGAUGUUAAAUGUGUCCCCUAUUGGAAGAAGCUGCAGCCAAGAGGAACGGAUUGAGUUCUACGAACUGGAUAAAAAAGAAAAUAUACGACAACAAUUUGUAGCGGAUCUGCGGAAAGAGUUUGCAGGGAAAGGCCUCACGUUUUCUAUAGGAGGCCAGAUCAGCAUUGAUGUCUUCCCUGAUGGAUGGGACAAGAGGUAUUGCCUGGGACAUGUGGAAAAUGAUGGCUAUCAGACCAUUUAUUUCUUUGGAGACAAAACCAUGCCAGGUGGCAAUGACCAUGAGAUCUUCACAGACCCCAGGACCACGGGCUACACUGUGACGACACCCGAGGACACCUGCAGGAUCUGUAAAGAGCUCUUCUCCUGAUGUCCCCUCAUGGGACUAGGAGGGAGGCCCUGCUGACAAGCCUGAAAGGGUCCUUUUGUGGCCAACCCAGAUCCCACCCGCACAUGCCCACAGGACAUUUAUAACCAACCUGGGACAAAAGUUUAAAAACACUUCCUGAAAUGAAGCAUCUGCUAAGCAUCCACUUGAUGGGGGCUCUGAACCCAGGGCAUUGUGGUCAUCAGGCGCUAUUCAGCUAAGUGACCGUGUGUGCUGCUUUUCAACCUCACUUCUUGUCUAGGAGCCACCAACCUCAGCAUGGCCUGUGGCCAGGUGGCCUGCCAAGGGGACUGACCCCGAGGAGUUUGCAUCUCAGCUGGCCUGGCACGCAGGUUAGCUCUAUAUUCACUACACAUCGAAGAGCUGGUUCUGUAACCAUCAAAAUGGGAGGAAAUAAGUGCCAACAGCCCCCGUGGAGAACUGGCACACAGCCUGGUGCUGGCUCUGAGCCCAGGUUCAGAAACAGUAAUUUGGGGCAUCACUCUUCACCAAAAGAACCUCGUUACUGGGCCUGCUGGGCUUCCCAAGGGCCUUGUGCACCUCAUGCACCUCGAGUUUUUCAGGGAUCAGGUGAAAGUCUGGAUACUUCAUAGAACAGCUUUUAAUAAGUAAGCAUGUUCACCCCGUUCUCACCAGACUCCACCUCGGCUUGGGAGCAGCCAUGGUUGGGCCUGGGACCCCCUCUCCUCCUUUUCACAUUUUGCAAGUUCGUGAAGCUGGAAGACAGCUUUCCAAGGCAACAAUUCACAUGUCACUUUUUAGCAUCUGGAAAUGCUGGGACCCACAAACCCUCCACAGACUGGUGCUGCUUCAGUCCACAGCAGGGCCUCUGCUGGUGGCUCCCACCAACCUGAAUCUACUAGGUGCUUCCAUCGCAGAGGACCCUGCCCACCCCCAAACCUUGAGCCCCAGCUUGUCUUGGUUCUGGGUCAAGUUGGGUGAAACCUGCCCACCUUUACCACACGUGGUUGACACUUCUCAGUGGUCCCAAAGACGUGCCAUCGGUGGCAUCUUGUUGAAUUUUGCAAAUGAUACUGUAAUGACCUUUUAAGAUGAAAAGUAGCAAAAUAAAAUGAUUUAGUUUCCUGUU